CGUCAGUCGGUCUGAGUUAACUUCCUCAUUCAGUCGGAGGGAUUAUUUCGGUGCGUAAAGAACGGAAAAUGAUGUGGCUUUAUAGGGUUGUGCUUGCUUUUAUAUUGGCUACAGUAACAGUAAAUGGAAAUUACAUUGUCAGCAAUAGUUCGACGCAAUGGGAUAUGGUAACGUGCAAGCUGGCAGAACCAAAUCUGACUUACAACAUAACAAAUUAUAAAGUUGACCGAACAAUUGUGGAACAUUUACACGGAAGUGAUGUUUGGAUCGGAUAUCAGCUCGCAAAGAUGCCGUUUCUAUUCAUAGGUUGCGGAAGAUCGAAUACCGGAAAAACAUACAAACUCACGACUAUCGGUGAUUGUUUUCAUAUCUGUGAUGGUGGAACAUUCGGAAUAAAAACUAACCGCGGUGAAGAUAUUUUAUCGAACAAUACUACCAAAGAAUGUAAAUGCGUAACAUCUCCUGAUCCUUACAAUGGGACUCAACACGGAUUUUGUGACGUAAAUGAUCGUUUUGCACUAUUCAUUCCGAUUAAUGAAAUUUGUUUGUGUCCUACAGACGGUUUAAGAACACUCGCUCAUGAAGAACGGAUGUAUGAUACCAAAUGCGACGUUGAUCUUGUAGAGUAAACUUGGCCUUUAUAACCUAAUGAAUACGUGC